UGCGCCAUCUGUCAGGAGCGGAGCCGGCGGGGAGGGGGCUGCCGCGGGAGAGGAGGAGGGGUCGCCGCGAGCUGAAGGCCGUCGAGACCCGACCGCCGACCGGCCGCGGGAGCUGAGGAGAGGCUGCACUCGGAGCCGCGCGUCCACCGCCGUCCGGGCGCGCGGCGCUUCAAGCCGAGCACCGAGGGCUCCCCGGGCUCACACAAAGCCGCCGCCCGCGCCUGGGAGGGAUCCGGCCGCCGGGCCGGGGACACCCGGCGCCGCCCCCUGGGCACUCUCAGAAGGCCCACCGGCUCCCGGGCCCGCCGAGGAACCACCGGAGCCGCUUCGGCCGCGCCGGAGGAGGGCGGGGAGAGGACCAUGUGAAUGGGCUCCGGAGCCUGAGCGCAGCGCAGUUUUUUGAAGAAGCAGGAUGCUGAUCUAGACGUGGAAAAAGACCAGUCCAGCAGCUGUAUUAGAAGACAUGUGGUAUAUAUAAAGUUUGUGAUCGUUGGGGGAAAUUUUGGAAUUUAGAUAAUGGGCUGUGUGCAAUGUAAGGAUAAAGAAGCAACAAAACUGACGGAGGAGAGGGAUGGCAGCCUGAACCAGAGCUCCGGGUACCGCUAUGGCACAGACCCCACUCCUCAGCACUACCCCAGCUUCGGCGUGACCUCCAUCCCAAACUACAACAACUUCCACGCAGCCGGGGGCCAAGGACUCACCGUCUUUGGGGGUGUGAACUCUUCGUCUCAUACUGGGACCUUGCGUACGAGAGGAGGAACAGGAGUAACCCUGUUUGUGGCCCUUUACGAUUAUGAAGCACGGACGGAAGAUGACCUGAGUUUUCACAAAGGAGAAAAAUUUCAAAUAUUGAACAGCUCGGAAGGAGAUUGGUGGGAAGCACGCUCCUUGACAACUGGAGAGACUGGUUACAUUCCCAGCAAUUAUGUGGCUCCAGUUGACUCCAUCCAGGCAGAAGAGUGGUACUUUGGAAAACUUGGCCGAAAAGAUGCUGAGCGACAGCUUUUGUCCUUUGGAAACCCAAGAGGUACCUUUCUUAUCCGUGAGAGUGAAACCACCAAAGGUGCCUAUUCACUUUCUAUCCGUGACUGGGAUGAUAUGAAAGGAGACCAUGUCAAACAUUAUAAAAUCCGCAAACUUGACAACGGUGGAUACUAUAUUACCACCCGGGCCCAGUUUGAAACACUUCAGCAGCUUGUACAACAUUACUCAGAGAAAGCUGAUGGUUUGUGUUUUAACUUAACUGUGAUUGCAUCGAGUUGUACCCCACAAACUUCUGGAUUGGCUAAAGAUGCUUGGGAAGUUGCACGUGAUUCCUUGUUUCUGGAGAAGAAGCUGGGUCAGGGGUGUUUCGCUGAAGUGUGGCUUGGUACCUGGAAUGGAAACACAAAAGUAGCCAUAAAGACUCUUAAACCUGGCACAAUGUCCCCUGAAUCGUUCCUUGAGGAGGCACAGAUCAUGAAGAAGUUGAAGCAUGACAAACUGGUCCAGCUCUAUGCGGUGGUGUCCGAGGAGCCCAUCUACAUUGUCACCGAGUAUAUGAAUAAAGGAAGUUUACUCGAUUUCUUAAAAGAUGGAGAAGGAAGAGCUCUGAAGUUACCAAACCUUGUGGACAUGGCAGCACAGGUUGCUGCGGGAAUGGCGUAUAUCGAGCGCAUGAAUUAUAUCCACAGAGACUUGCGGUCAGCAAACAUUCUCGUGGGGAAUGGACUAAUUUGCAAGAUCGCCGACUUCGGAUUGGCCAGGUUGAUCGAGGACAAUGAGUACACAGCAAGACAAGGUGCAAAGUUCCCCAUUAAGUGGACAGCCCCCGAAGCAGCCCUGUACGGGAGGUUCACGAUCAAGUCUGACGUGUGGUCUUUUGGAAUCUUACUUACAGAGCUGGUCACCAAAGGAAGAGUUCCGUACCCAGGCAUGAACAACCGGGAGGUGCUGGAGCAGGUGGAACGCGGCUACAGGAUGCCCUGCCCGCAGGACUGCCCCAUCUCCCUCCAUGAGCUCAUGAUCCACUGCUGGAAAAAGGACCCCGAAGAGCGGCCCACUUUCGAGUACUUGCAGGGCUUCCUGGAAGACUACUUCACCGCGACAGAGCCCCAGUAUCAGCCUGGUGAAAACCUGUGAGACCUGGGUCUGCCGAGAGAGGCCUGGUCCAAGAGGCUUCCCCGCCCCCUCCCCAUUAGCUUUCAAUUCCGUAGCCAGCUGCUCCGAGCAGAGCAGCGAGAACUGUCCAGGAUCAGAUUGCAUGUGACUCUGAAGCUGACGAACUUCCAUGGCCCUCAUUAAUGACACUUGUCCCCAAAUCCGAACCUCCUCUGUGAAGCAUACGAGACAGAACCUUGUUAUUUCUCAGACUUUGGAAAAUGCGUUGUAUCGAUGUUAUGUAACAGGCCAAACCUCUGUUCAGUGUAAAUAGUUAUUCCAGUGCCAACGAUCCUAGUGCUUUCCUUUUUUUAAAAUGCAAAUCCUAUGUGAUUUUAACUCUGUCUUCACCUGAUUCAACUAAAAAAAAAAAGUAUUAUUUUCCAAAAGUGGCCUCUUUGUCUAAAACAAUAAAAUUUUUUUUCAUGUUUUAACAAAAACCAA